AUGUCCUGCCAGCAGAGCCAGCAGCAGUGCCAGCCCCCUCCCAAGUGCACCCCCAAGUGCCCUCCCAAGUGCCCCACCCCUAAGUGCCCCCGAAAGUGUCCCCCUAAGUGUCCUCCAGUCUCUUCCUGCUGCAGUGUCAGCUCUGGAGUCUGCUGUGGCUCCAGCUCUGGGGGCUGCUGCAGCUCUGGGGGAGGUGGCUGCUGCCUGAGCCACCAUAGGCGCCGCAGGUCCCACUGUCACAGACCCCAGAGCUCUGGCUGCUGCAGCCAGCCCUCAGGGGGCUCCAGCUGCUGUGGAGGGGGGAGCAGCCAGCACUCUGGAGGCUGCUGCUGAAGUGGACUCUGCACCUAGAAGAGCAGACUUGGGUGAAAUGAAUGAUCAAACAUUUCCUCCUCACCUUUCUCCUCCUGGGCCUGCAAGAGUGGCUGAGAUGCCCCCGUGAAGGCUCUGAGCUCUGGCCUAGAGGAUCCCUCUGCCCUGGGAUCCAGAAACUUGGCUCCUCUCCCACAACCUAUCUGCUGCCCCUGACACCAACUGUGUUGUCUACUCUGGGAUCGCAAGCCACAAACUCACUCUCCAGCUCAUUUCCUGCAGCCUCAAGUGAAACAAUAAAGCAAAAGAUCU